UGCGGACUCAUUGAGUGAAGAGAUUGCUCAAGACAAGAAAUCACUCCCAAGGGCCCAUACACAUGUAUUAUCUUGGGAGUUGAUUGGGGAGAUGUUUCCUCCUUCAUUUCACACCACUCGGCCAUAUCAAGAGGGGAGAACCUCUAGGAAGAGCUCUCACAAGGUCCAAGAUAGGAAGAAGCAAGAGGAAAGAAAACCCAACACAAAAAGGCUAAGAUUGGAGGAGUCGAAACCGCCGGAGAACCGCCAUUGUUGGGGACUGUUUUCGAGCUGCAGGCCCGAAAGUCGCCCACCUUUCACGAAAGCCGCCCGGCUUUCACCUGAUUUCCAGAUUUUUCACUCUUGAACGGCCUAGAACGAGGACGGAUCGAGGGGGUUUUGCUAAGGCAGCUAGUUGAGCACAUCAUAAGUUUCAGGUAGAACUUGAAGGUUGCUGCCACCGCCCGUUGCUCCGGGAAGAUCGAAGGGAGAGGACGUGGUUCGUGCUUCUUCCGUUUCUGUUUUGAAAACAAUUUAAAACAAUGCUCAUGGAUAAUAUUUUCUGAAUAAUUACCUUGGGGGCUUGCAUGCCUAAUUAUGCCAAGUGUGGCUUGAACACUUGUAUUAACCGUUUCCGCUGCUUUAAUAAAU